AUGCUGUCCCCGGAGCGCCACCGCCACCACCGCCACCCGCCGCCGCCGCAGCCGCCGCCGCCGCCGCGCCCCCCGCCGCAGCCCAACCAUGUCGUGGCCACCAUCGAGAACCUGCCGGCCGACGGAGGAGGCGGCGGCAGGGGCGGCAUCUCCGCCUCCUCCUCCUCCAGCGUGCGCCAGAGGAUCAGGAAAGUGCUGAACAGGGAUCUCUUGCUGUCUGUGGCUCUUGGCCAGGUACUCUCCCUCCUUAUCUGUGGCAUUGGCCUCACGAGCAAGUAUUUGUCAGAAGAUUUCCAUGCCAACACACCUGUUUUUCAGAGCUUCCUCAAUUAUAUCCUUCUAUUCUUGGUCUACACGACAACACUAGCUGUCAGACAAGGAGAAGAAAACUUGCUGGCAAUUUUGAAAAGGAGAUGGUGGAAGUACAUGAUCCUAGGGAUAAUAGAUAUAGAAGCCAAUUACCUGGUUGUCAAAGCUUAUCAGUACACCACUCUUACUAGCGUACAGCUCCUAGAUUGUUUUGUCAUCCCGGUGGUGAUACUGCUCUCCUGGUUUUUCUUGCUGGUACGAUACAAGGCAGUACAUUUCAUUGGUAUCGUGGUCUGCAUUCUGGGCAUGGGCUGCAUGGCAGGAGCAGAUGUCCUUGUUGGCAGACAGCAAGGAGCAGGUGAAAAUAAACUAAUAGGGGAUCUCUUAGUAUUGGGUGGAGCAACACUAUACGGCAUCUCGAAUGUUUGUGAGGAAUACAUCGUCCGAAAUCUAAGUCGAGUGGAGUUCCUGGGCAUGAUUGGACUCUUUGGCUCCUUCUUCAGUGGAAUUCAGCUUGCAAUCAUGGAACACAAAGAGCUUUUGAAAGUUCCCUGGGAUUGGCAAAUAGGCUUGUUGUAUGUCGGCUUUAGUGCCUGUAUGUUUGGCCUCUACAGCUUUAUGCCAGUAGUCAUAAAGAAAACCAGUGCUACUGCUGUCAACCUCUCCUUACUCACAGCUGACCUGUACAGCCUCUUCUGUGGAUUAUUCCUCUUCCACUACAAGUUUUCAGGACUUUAUUUGUUGUCAUUCUUCACCAUCCUUGUUGGGCUGGUGCUCUACUCCUCCACGUCCACCUACGUAGCCCAAGAUCCUCGGGUGUACAAGCAAUUUCGAAACCCUUCAGGACCUGUUGUAGACCUGCCAGCCACCGGCCAGCUGGAGCCUUCGGUAACAUACACCAGCCUGGGGCAGGAGACAGAAGAGGAGCCUCACAUUAGAGUUGCCUAA